UUCUUUCACUCAACAACGUUACAGUGUUGCAUUUGAAAACAGUGCAUGCAUGUCUUCUCACUGUGUAACCUUGCAUAAUCCUUGGUAACUGUACAGUAGACGUUUCAUUGAAAGAGAAAAAUCUUGACAGAGGUUCUUUAAAGCAGCCCUUUGAUUAUCAUAGAUCCUCCCAGUGGUUAUCCAGUUACUGGCCUCUUUUCAACUAUUGGCUGGAAGGAGCUAAUUAUGCAAGGUAGUGAAUCCCUGUGGGGGAGGUGGGGCCAAAACUGAAAGAACUCCUUUGGCAGGCAGAAUAGAGCUUUUAUUGAGGAUAUUUCUAAGCUGACCAUCAGGGACCAAAUUGCUGGAUUGUUCACACAAAAAAACACAUCUCAGCUGAAUCACGCUGCUCCCCCUCUUUCAUUCCUUUCCUCGUUUCAUUUCAGUGAGACUGUAGUGCAGAACCCAGCAGCAAGCAGAAUGCAAGGAAUCUACAGUAUUCCCCUGUCUCACACAAGAAGCCCAGUUUACUACUAAACAACAAGAGAGCGGAGAAAGAGGCAGAACCAGAGAACAGUCAGGGGGAGGAUUCAAACUGCUGUGGUUGAGAGGAGGAACGUACACUCUUGUCCUGUUCUGCUCUGCUCUUGUUUGCCUCAGGUGUGUGUGUUCCUCCCUCCCCUCCGCGGUGCCUGCUGUCAGCUCCAUCCCUGGGUGGCUGAGGCCAUGGUGUUGGUGCUGCAAGCCCUGCUGCCCUGCUUCUGCACCCUGCUCUCCCUGGACCUGCUGCCUGGGGUGGAACUCGCUGUGCCCUUGGAGGACUUCUACCCCUUUGGCCAGGACAAGGGGGACUCCCAGACCAUCUCUCAGGACGACGGAGGCUCCGGGCUCGUGGAAAUCUCUGUAGCUUUCCCCUUCUUUGGAGACAGGCACACAGGACUCUAUGUUAACAACAAUGGCCUCGUUUCUUUCCUGAGGGAGGUGUCUCAGUUCACACCUGUGGCUUUUCCAAUUGCCGGGGAUAGAAGGGUUGUGGCUCCGUUCUGGGCAGAUGUGGACAACCGUCGUGCAGGGAGGGUCUUCUACAGAGAGAGCCAGGAGCCCUCCGUCCUGAGGAGGGCUUCAGGUGAUGUCAGGACGUACUUUUCAGAAUUGCCCAACUUCAACGCAACUUGGGUCCUCAUCUGUACAUGGCACCAAGUUACUUUCUUUGGAGGCAACUCCCUCACGCCGGUAAAUACUUUCCAAGUGGUGCUCAUUACAGAUGGCGAGCUUUCCUUCACUAUAUUCCAGUACAAUAACAUCACUUGGACCACUGGCAUGCAUGCCAGCAGUGGAGGAAACCUGGCUGGGCUGGGAGGAAUUGCAGCGCAGGCAGGUUUCAAUGCUGGUGAUGGCAAGCGUUAUUUCAACAUCCCCGGCUCUCAUACAGCUGAUGUGGUGAACCUUGAGGGAACCACCAACGUGGGCUACCCCGGCAAAUGGGUCUUCCGUAUAGAUGAUGCAAAUGUGGAAGUAGGUGGCUGCAAUAACUCAGCAUCUGUGUGCCCACACCUGCGACCAUGUCUGAACGGAGGCCAGUGCAUUGAUGACUGUAUAACAGGCAACCCCUCCUUCACUUGCUCCUGCUUGGCUGGCUUCACCGGCCGACAAUGCCAGAUUGAUGUUGAUGAGUGUGUCUCCUUUCCCUGCCAGAACGGAGGGACAUGUGAAGACCAGAUUAAUAGUUUCAUCUGUCACUGUCCUCCUGGAUACACUGGCAUUGAGUGUCAAACAGACAUUGACGAGUGCAAAGACAGACCAUGCCUCAACGACGCGUUGUGUGUGCAGGGCGCUGGCAGUUUCACCUGUGUUUGUGAACCGGGUUACACUGGUGUCCUGUGUGAGACAGACAUAAACGAAUGUGAGUCCCAGCCCUGUCUGAAUGGAGGAGAUUGCAUCGAUCAGGUGGCCAAUUUCACCUGUAUUUGUCCCGUUGCCUUCAAUGGAGCAGUCUGCGAGACAGACUUGGAGGUGCUUCAGGACAAUUCAACUGAGGCAGAAAACCAAACAGCCUUGUGUGAAGAGGAAGAUUGCAAGAAGCAUCAGAUUUGUGAAUACACCGUCUUGGGAAUCUACAACUGUACAUGUGCUCCAGGCUUCUAUGGUGACGAGUGUGAAGAGGAAUGUCUUUGCCAGAAUGGGGGUGUCUGUGUGGACAUCAAUGGGACUUGUGAAUGUCCUCCAGGCUACACAGGACUCUACUGUCAGUUUGAAGUAACCCAGACGCCAUGCAGCAACAACAGGCCGUGUCCUGAUGGAGGUCCUUGUUUGGAGUAUGGAGGAGCCUACCUGUGUACAUGCCAGACUAGUGGAGCAGAGCUAGAUCAUAAAGACUUCUACCCCUAUGUACAGCCCCAAUCGGUCUGCGACUCCUCUCCGUGUCUGAAUGGGGGCUACUGCUACGAGCGGGAUGGAGGCUACACCUGCGAAUGCAAAUACGGAUAUUGGGGAAAGCAUUGUGAAAAAGUUAGACUCAAUACAUGUGCUUCUGGUCCCUGCCGCAAUGGAGGCUCUUGUAAGGAAGAAGCUGGGAGCUACAGAUGUGUUUGUCCUUACAGAUUCACUGGAAAACACUGUGAAGUGGGAAAGCCAGACCCCUGUUCCUCCAGCCCCUGUCUUAAUGGGGGGACAUGUUUUCACUACAUAGGAAAGUACAAAUGUGAAUGCACGGAGGCCUUCAGCGGCAGGCACUGUGAAAUAAGCAGGAGCUCAGUACCAAGCACUGCAGUCCUUGGCUGUGGGCUGCCUCCACAAGUGAAGAACGCAGAGGUCCAGUUCUCCUUAACAACACCAGGCUCCAUGGCUGUAUAUAUAUGCCACUCAGGCUUCACGCCUGUGCCCAGAGCCACCCAGAGCAUCUGUGGUAUUCAGGGGGACUGGAGCCAGCCCCCCAUUUGUGAGGGUCUGUAACACACGUGGACACACAUUCUGAACAAAAGAUGUAGAAAUUCAAUGCACCUGUGCACAUACGUAGUUCCUAUGUAUAUGUGUGUUUUGCCAUCAGACAUAAAUGAAUGCCUGUCAGUACCCUGCAAGCACGGGGGGACAUGUGAGGACCAGGCUGGCUCCUACAUGUGUCACUGUUCUCAAGGUUUCAAAGGCCAGAACUGUGAAAUAGAGCAGGACGGGUGUGAAACCGACCCCUGUCUAAAUGGAGGUGUGUGUCGGGGUUACAGACGGAAUUAUUUAUGCGUGUGCAAGGACGGCUUCUUUGGGGACCAGUGCCAGAUGUUGGAGAAUCCUUGUGUACUGCAACCUUGUGGAAACCGUGGCCUCUGCAGGAGUGACAAGAGAGGGAACUACAACUGUGUUUGCAGAGUAGGACACACAGGAAAAGACUGUGAGAAAGACCUGUUGCCUCCUUCUGGUCUUCAUGUGUUGCGUGUGGAGGAGAACGAGGUUGAACUGCGCUGGGAUGAGCCGGAUCCCUCACACAGCCUGAUCAGCGGGUUCAUUGUCACUUAUGGUCCCCUGGGCUGGAGCAAUCACAAAACAGAUUUUUUGGAAAGGCAGCAGUCCACCCACGUCAUGCGAGGCCUGGUGCCCGGCCAGCUGUACAACAUCUCCACCUUCUCCAUCAAGCGCAAUGCCAACAACAAUGACAACAGCCAGCCUGCCACAGCACUGAUACGCACCAGACCUCGGAGGGUGGAGCAGCUGCAGGUGGUCAAUGUGUCCUCCUCUCAGGUUUGGCUGAGCUGGCUGGUUCAUCAUGCAGCAGUCAGCAGGGUGCACGUGUCUCUGUUGCCUUCAGAUGGCAGUGAGGCUCGCACUGCCGUGCUCAACACAAGCACCACUGAGCAUACCUUCAGUUCAUUACUCCCUGGCCAGAUGUACACAGUGGAUGUGUUGACUCAAAGUGGAAUCAGACCAGAUGAAUUUCCCUCCACCAGCCACUCAGCUGGUCCCCUGCAAUUCUGGACAAGGCCUCUCCCGCCACAGAACCUCUCCCUGUCACAUGUGACCACUAACUCAGCACUGAUCACCUGGAGCCGCCACCCGAGAAACGUCCCAGAUGGCUUUGUGGUCAAUGUGACCCGAGGGUUGAACACCAGGAGUCGCUUCCUGCCCAGUGGGAAAUUAGGAUCAUAUACUCUGCGUGAACUGACACCAGGACAGCACUACUACGUGGCUCUCACAUCUGUGAAAAGCACGGAGCAGGAACAGAUCCACAGCAUACCUCAACACGUAGCCUUCACUACCUUGCCAAUGGGGGCAAGAUCAGGGAGAAGAGAGAGGCCAACCGGGACUGGACCGGGGACUCAGGUUGGACGCAUACUUCCCCCAUCUCAGCCUCAGGACCUGGGAGGCACAACAGAAACAGAGGAAUUGCACAGAUACACAGAGCUCAUUGACGGAAGGGGAAAGAUAACAGCCAAGUUCAUUCAGUUGCCUCGAAAAGCCGUUCGACAUCGUGCUAAACCUGACCCACCAAUUAGAUUAGAGAAGAUGGAAGAAACAACAAACAAAAUCAGCCUUGCACUGCAGAUUCAAGAAGAAGGUUUAAGAACUAAGCCUGAGUUGCCACAGGACUGUCGCAGUCUGCCCUGCCAGAACGAGGGCACAUGUGUGAAUGGAGGCGACUCCUUCAUCUGCAACUGUGCAGCGGGGUUCAAGGGCGGACAGUGUGAACUGUUGUGCCAGCGAGUGCCUCACCCCUGUACCCGUCUCUACUCUGAAACGAAGAGCGUGCCUGUCUGGCAGGGUGGAUUGUGCCACUACCUGUACAAAAGGACAUAUAAAGUACAGCAGGAUGUUUGUUAUCGAGAGAUUUGUGAACCCAUGCCUCCAAAGAAAAGUCAGAGCAGAAGAACAGGCAUACAACAAUAAAGAAGACUUUGAUAAGGACGAAAGGACUGUCAUCACUGUCGCGUGAAACACUUAACUUCAAUUUGGGUGUUUUUAUCUACUUGAAGUAACUGAUCAUGGUCCUUUUUGUGCUGAGAAACCCUGUCGGAACCUACUGUAACAUUUUAGAAAUAGAUCAUCAUUCAUCUGCAAAUAAGGUUGUGUUUGUUCAUUCCUGAGAGCUGUGCUAGUACCUCUAUUCUUCAUGAGAAGACUUCAGUCAAUCACAUGACAGAUGGCCCACAUUGCUUAUUAUUUGUGUGUGUGAUGACGGAUUUUUCACACAAACACAUACGUACAGUAUGCACACAGUCCGCUAUACUGCACGGAGACCUUAUAUACCUCAUUUCCUUGUCCGUGCUGACACAUUAGGUGAGGUUUGUAUUUGUGAUUCAGCUGCAAGUUUUGUCCCUCAGGGAAAUAACUGUAGAGUGUUCCAAGUCCCAAUCUUUUCCUUAUACCCUGAUCCCUGUCCCCUGAUCUCCUUAUAAAGACGAUGGGAAUUGUGUGUUUUCUCCACACUCCAUAAUUUCAUCUCUUCUUCCGACAAUGGUGCACAGUAUUUUCUGUGUAUACUUAUCUUUCUCUGGGUCUUAGCGGGCAUCAUUGCUAUUCUGUAAAUAGUGUUUAUAGGGCAUUUUGUACGUGAAUAUUUUAAUAAUAAAAACGUAAAAAUGUU